CCCACGCCUCUCUCCACCUCGCCCACGCACACCACCACCACUCUCCCCCUGCUACUUGUCCACCCCAAUCUCAUCGCUCUUAGUCAACUCCGCCGAGAGAGACUGAUCGUUCUCGUUCAGCUCUGCUCUGCCCAUGGCGCUCGACGGGAAGCCACCGGUGCCGCCGCCGUCCACGCCGCCGAUGGACUCGUGGGCCUGCGGUGGUCGCCGCUCCAAGCGCCGCGGCGGCGGCGGCGGGAGCAGCGGGAGUAGUGGCAGCUCCGGCGGCGGCGGCGGCGGCGAGUCCGAGGAGGAGUACCUCGCGGCCUGCCUCUUGAUGCUCGCGCAUGGCGUCCGCGACGAGGCCGAGGUCGUCGGCGUCGCGGCGGCGACGGCGAAGCCACAGCAUGGGUACGAGUGCUCGGUGUGCGGCAAGGUGUACGGGUCCUACCAGGCGCUGGGCGGGCACAAGACGAGCCACCGCAAGCCGCCGUCGCCGGCGGCCGAACCGGCGGCCGGCGAAGAGCCGUCCUCCGGCGGGGUGGCCGGCGAGGCGAAGGUGCACCGUUGCUCCAUCUGCCUCCGCACGUUCCCGUCCGGGCAGGCGCUGGGCGGGCACAAGCGGCUGCACUACGAGGGCGGCGCCGUCGGAGACGCCGUCAAGGAGAAGAACUCCCUGAAGACCAAGGCGGCGGUGGCGACAGCGGUGCUGAAGGACUUCGACCUGAACCUGCCGGCCGCGGCGACGACGGCGGGGGACGAGGCCGAGAGCUCACCACCGGAGGCCAAGAGAGCACGUCUGCUGCUUCUCGUCUAACCCGCGGCGGUGGCGGCGGCGGCGGCGGCGGCUUGUGGUUUUGAUGGUUUAGGUGCUUAGCCGUUCCGGUUUAGGUUUCAGAUUGAUACCGGGUUGUUAAUUUCAUUGAUUGAUUUAUUUUAGUUCACUUCUGGUUGGGCGAUGGAGACGGGUGGCAUGAUAAACAUGCCGUGUUUAGAUGGUUUACUGCAAUUCUAGGGAGCUAGAAAUUGUCCUGGGCUCCAUUUUUUAAAUUUUUACCAUGUAUACCAGUACAUAAUUUGAUACUUAAAUCAAUUCGAUUAUGAAACC